AUAAACAGGAACUGUCAGCAAUCGCUUCUGAUAAGGACACACUCUUUACGGUGGACAGUUCAAGCCAGCUACUUGAACUUAGAAACAAACUUCUGGCUGCCAUCUGUACCAGCAAAGAGACACCAGGACUAAGUUUAGCUAUACCAGGGCAAGCUACAGUUGGCCCGGGAACAACAACAGCUUACGUGUGAAAACCUCUAGUUUAUAUCACUUAUCUCCGGUAUAUGUUAAAACGUAAAUGGUUAAGUAUGAAAUCAAUACCCAAUCGUAUUCCAGUAUAAUUGAAUUCGUGUCAAUAAACAUUGAAUAUGUGAUUUUUUGACUGGAAACAUUUGUAAUGUUGAAAAAAAGAUGAUCACAAAAGUGUUUUACUAGAUUUUUGCGGCAAGUGUGUUGUCCUCUAACGGAAAAUGAUGCCGUUGGAUACAUAUUCGAUCCGUACAGCUGAACAUCAUAUUGGAUGUGUGAGAGACGGCCCAACAGGGGUCUGGACGGCUAGAUGUAUACUGUCAUUGUUCGCAACUGUUCCAUUGGAACAGUUUGGGACCAAGAUAGCCAAGCUUACAUCCGUUGUGACGAUCCUCAAGCUGUUUGCAGAGGCACCGCACCCAAGCCACCGAUGGGUCCCUCGCAUUGUCCUUUUCCCGACCAUCAGACUGGACUGAGGCCCACAAAAUCUAUGAACACAUGGGGCGAAAGUUGCACCGACUCUGUUGGAAACACCCUUACAUCUGUUGUUGAAGAUGAACAGAUAUAUUACAUAUUACAAUAUCCACGGGCUCCUGUAGGACCGGUGUCCUGUUUUCCACACAGAUUUAGCCUAAGCCGCUGUGGAUGUGAAGCCCCUGUGUUUAGCUCCAUCAUCUUUCAAUAUGAGGAAGAUUAUGCUUCAAAAGGGAAGACCGCGUAUUCUGAGCCAAAUGAUGUUGCCCAUGCUUCACUGUGUGAGAAUACUAUUGAAGUUCCCGAUAUGGCCAGGGUGGGGGAUGGUGCUCUGUGUAACGAUGAGUUCGGUCAUGUUGAAAUUCCUUAUUUCAAGAACAACCCCCCUGACUAUCCAUUCACCAUUCAUUUCUUCUACUGGCUGGAUGAGGAUGUGAACACAGAGGGAACGAGUAUUGCACUGCUCAACAACGGCAAGUGCGACAUCUUAACGACUGUUUAAAUCUAUUUCGAAGAAGGUGGAAUUGGGGUUUAUAUGGAGAAAGAAGACGGAUUUUACGAUAUACCACCACAGUAUGUGGAAGGUGGGGGACAAGGCGCCUGGGUGUGUGUUGCCGUGACAUACGAUGGAGAUUACAUGGCGUUGUAUUUAGAGGGCGAAGAAUCUGAAGC